AUGUAUUUAUAAUAUUAAAAUUAUUGGCUUAAUUCAAAUCAAGAAUUUCUCACUUGUCCUUUUUGCAAGAAUAGUCGUUCUAAGAGUUCUUUAAUUUAUUUAUAUUCUAAGGAUGAAACUAUAACUAAGUAUUUUCAAAUAGAUAAAUUAGUAAACCACUGAUCCUAACAUUCCUCCAAGACCUAAACCAUGUAAAAAUCAGCAUAGCCAAUGGAGUAACUAUUGCAGAAUACGGAUUAGUAUAUGCAUCCAAAAAUAUUUGA